CUUUAAAUUAUACACUUUACUUCAAGAUGGCGGAUGAAAUGGAAGUUGAAAGAGAACCUGAUAGAGAAAGUGCGAAAAAAGCUGACAAAAUGUUUACCCUCAAGAAAUGGAAUCUCGUUGCAAUGUGGAGCUGGGAUGUAGAAUGUGAUACAUGUGCUAUUUGUCGUGUUCAAGUGAUGGAUGCCUGUUUGAGGUGUCAGUCAGAGAACAAACAAGAUGACUGUGUUGUGGUCUGGGGAGAAUGCAAUCAUUCAUUCCACCUGUGCUGUAUGACGCUUUGGGUUAAACAGAAUAAAAGAUGUCCCCUGUGUCAGCAAGAUUGGGAAGUCCAGAGGAUAGGAAAAUAACAGCUGACAGAUAGAAAUGGACAAUUGUGAAUAAAUAUGAUAUUAAAUUAAAUCAUAUAGAAGGCUUGAUUAUUUUCAGAAAUUUUAUAAUGUUCUCAUUAUUAUUUGUGAUACAUGUUCUUUGCACUACACUGUAGCUACAGAAAAAAAAACUAAGUCAGACUGAAGUUACCGGGUAUAUGUAUGAUGUAUCAUUCUUUUAUGCAUCACCGUUAGAAGACCUAGCUCUUCUAUUUUUAAAAUGCAGGCAUUGCGAAUAGUAAAUUUGGAAAACAUUUAUACCAGUUUCUUCUUUCUUUGUCGUGAAAAUGUUCUCAAAUCCAUGUGCUUAAUUAUAAUAAUAAUAAUUUAUAAAGAAAUCGAGGAAGGGGAAUGACUCAAUAUGUCUAAACUUAUUGAUAAUAAUAAAAAGAUGAAUCAGA